UACUAUAUAACAAAUAAUUUGAGCAGACAUGUUUUGAAAAGGAAAGGAUGUAUGACGAAGGUUACCUGGAGUGACGUGUGGAUAGAGUACAGCUAUCCUAUCGGCGUAGCUUCUCUUGCUGUUAUCACUGUUUGCACUGCAGAGUACCUUAGAAGGAAUGUGAGAAUGAGCGACCUAGAAGCAACGUUAACAACACUAAACAACACGAUCAACAAUACCAUAACCGACUACACCCCCGUAUUCGGUAACUUAGAGGAGAAAACUCAGCUGCUUCAUGGAGAUGUGAUCCAGGUACUGGGUAGAAGUUAUGUGCUACCAGAUGACCGAGCCAUAUUCGAGAGGGAUGUCGAGAGUUUCCUCUGGUUCUCUUACAGGAGAAACUUCAGAGCUAUUGGUGGUACCGCAUACACAUCAGACAGAGGGUGGGGCUGCAUGUUGCGGUGUAUCCAGAUGUUGUACUCCCAUACCCUCAUCAGACACAACUUCAGCCGGGACUGGAGGUGGACUAAAUGUAGUACUUAUAACAGCAUUCUCAGAGACUUCCUGGAUGAUCCUAACGGACUUUACUCCAUACAGCAGAUAGCGAAGGCAGGCUGUUCCGCUGGAAAGGAUGUUGGCACGUGGUUCGGACCUAACACUGCUGCCCAAUCUAUACGGAUACUCACAGAGUUCCACAAGGAACUUAAUCUUACUGUCCAAGUCGUCAUGGACAAUUUCAUGUGCAUUGAAGAUAUAAAGUUCUACUGUAAGGAAGUGAACUGGACGCCUCUCUUACUGGUUAUACCUCUCAGAUUAGGGCUAAGCGAAUGUAAUAAUCUCUACAUUGAGAACAUUAAGCACUGUUUUGAGAUUGAGCAAAGUGUUGGAGCAGUGGGAGGGCGACCAAACUCGGCAUUUUAUUUCAUAGGAUGUCAGAACGACAAAUUACUCUAUCUUGACCCACAUGUCACACAAGAAUCUCUUAGCCCUGACGACAUCGACCUUGAGAAUAUACCGGAUGAGACCUACCACACGACUAAAGUUGACUUGUUACCGUGGGACCAGCUAGACCCAAGUAUUGCUGUGGCCUUCUACUGCAAAACUGAGGAAUCGUUCGACGACCUUUGCCAGCAACUCCAGGAGACAAUAGCGGCGGGAAGUGGCGCACUGUUUGAAAUGGUUGCAACUCGCCCCUCCUACAUGACCCCGCCCCGGAGGACCCCAAUCGACAAACUCCUCGAAAACUACACUGCUGAAUAUGACGAGGUAAACACAGAAGAUGCAGCCAGUGACUCAGACGGGUUCGAGAUCAUUUCCAACUCAUAAUUUGGGAAACUGACACUAGAUGAUGUAUCAAGACAGAUUGCAAAGACUUUAAAGUCCUUGAAAGGGGGAAGGGGGGAGUUGUUGAGCUGGGUCACCCCCAUCCCGGGACUGCAAAACCCAAAUUUAAUGAUCAUGAGUUUCAGGGAUUUGUUUUGAUUUACCCGUAGUUUCUGUUCCAUGUGACAAUAGUUAACUGUUGCGUAGCUAUGAAUAUUUACCAGUAUUACCAUUAAGGGAUCGCUCACAUAUCACACAAGAUCGCUUUUUUGGCCGAUUUUGAAUCCCUCUCCUCCGCAAUCAGUUUUACACAUAAAUUUCACUUGCGCAAUCGUUUAGAGACCCCCUCCCGGCUCAUGUUGUAUUUGAACGAUCCCUAACCAAAUGUUUAUGAAUGAAAUAAUUUGUUGGAUUUAUAGUUACUUUUUUGUUCAGAUGUUAU